AUUUAGUUUUUAAGCCGGUUGCCUGUGAGCGGGGCAUGUUAGCGAAUUUUAGCACUGAGGCUUAGCUGGCUCUAGAGCCUUUUUGUGUGGCAGGAAUUGAAUACGGAACCUCGGGUGGACGGUGGCACCCGUCAAUUCUACCCGUGCCAUGGCGCCGGGAAUUUUAUUUUUUAUUUUGGCGUCGCUAGCGUUUACACAUGCCAGCGAAGAUGUACCAAAGAAUAACCCAAAAGAUAUUAUAAAUGACGAAGUUCGUGCAGCCAGGGACUACAACGGAAAUGACAAUGAAGUAGUGGUUGACAUCGAAGACGAUGAGAAGAAACAGUAUUACGAAACUAAUUACGAUACAAGUGCGUAUGGAUUUGGUUAUGAUGUCGGCCCUAAUGGUCAGUUUCACCACGAAAACCGAGGACCAGAUGGUGUCACCUACGGUUGCUAUGGUUACGUAGAUCCGGAUGGCUACCUUCGAGCCACACACUAUGUAGCUGACAGUCACGGAUACAGAGUUGUAGAGCCAGAAAAAGCAGUUGAAGUUUAUCCCGACACUAACCAUGUUUACGAUGAGAAUUCUGACAAUGCAUCGGAAAUACCCGGGCAAAUUAUUCCUUGGGAAAAAUUGUACUUCCCUAAGGGAUGUGGAAGGACCCCGGGUGGUGUUCCACCCAAACCCCGACCGAAGCCAACCCCGCGACCCCCGAAACCCCCAACAGAUAGUUCUGGGCAAAACAGCAACACCAACCCUGGAGUUAUUUACCCUGGAGGUCCAGGCUACUAUCCCGGUACUUCCGGAACACCCGGCUCCCCAGGCUUCCCCGGAUCUCCAGGCAGUCCAGGAGGAGCGGGAGGUGGUUAUUACCCCGGAUCAGGUGCUGGCGGUGCAGGUGGACCAAACGGACCAAAUGGACCUAACGGAGUAGGUGGCUCCAAUGGACCAAGUGGUCCUAGUGGUCCGGGCGGACCUAAUGGUCCUGGAGGACCAAACGGUCCAAAUGGACCGGGAGGAUCAGGAGGCGGUUACUACCCCGGAUCAAGUGGACCAUCAGGUCCCGCCGGUGGAGGAGGUUACUACCCAGGAUCACAAGAUGGUGGAUAUUUUCCGGGACAACCAGGCUCACCCGGCUUUCCAGGAUAUCCAGGCAGUCCUGGUGGACCAGGUGGACCAGGUGGACCAGGUGGCCCAAGUGGACCCGGUGGCGGUUAUUACCCAGGUGGUCAAGUACCUGGAGGAGGAGAUUAUCAUCCAGGACCUAACGGACCGAAUGGACCAUCAGGCGGUGGCUAUUACCCAGGACAACCAGGAAGUCCAGGCUUACCGGGUUCACCAGGAUACCCGGGUGGGCCUGGCGGACCUGGAGGACCAGGCGGCCCAGGAGGACCAGGAGCGAGUAGCCCCGGUCAGGGUGGCUACCGUCCAGGUCAAGGAUCAACUGGUGGAGGCUACCUGCCAGGACAGUCGGGCAAACCAAGCGGACAAGACGGAACAGGAGAACCCAGUGGCCCAAGUGGCCCACCAGGCAGCUAUUAUCCAGGAUCUUCAGGAAGUCCGGGUUUACCCGGCUCACCAGGAUAUCCAGGUGGUCCUGGUGGUCCUGGAGGACCAGGUGGCCCAGGUGGACCAGGGGGGCCAAGUGGAGCAGGCGGACCAAGUGGGGGAGGCUACUUACCAGGACAAUCAGGCGAUCAAAAUGGACCAGGAGGUCCCAAUGGACAAGGAGGCUCUGGUGGACCUAACGGGCCAACAGGGGGAGGCUAUUAUCCAGGUCAAUCUGGAGGUCCAGGUUUACCAGGCUCGCCAGGACAUCCCGGUGGUCCCGGAGGCCCUGGGGGACCAGGUGGCCCAGGUGGACCAGGGGGGCCAAGUGGACCAGGCGGACCAAGUGGGGGAGGCUACUUGCCAGGACAAUCAGGCGAUCAAAAUGGACCAGGAGGUCCCAAUGGACAAGGAGGCUCUGGUGGACCUAACGGGCCAACAGGGGGAGGCUAUUAUCCAGGUCAAUCCGGAAGUCCUGGUUUACCGGGUUCACCAGGAUAUCCAGGUGGACCAGGGGGACCAGGUGGACCAGGUGGACCAGGUGGACCAGGUGGACCAGGCGGACCUGGGGGACCAAGUAGUGGUUAUAACCCCGAUUCCCAAGGACAACUAGGCCAACCCAGUCAACCAGGCACCCCAGGGCAACCAGGCACCCCAGGCAAGCCAGGCCAAUCUGGACAGCCAGGAACUCCCGGUAAACCAGGCACGCCAGGGCAACCAGGAGGUCCAGGCCAACAAGGACAACCAGGGCAACCAGGAAAACCAGGCUAUCCAGGAACACCCGGACAACCAGGCUACCCAGGACAACCAGGUCAACCAGGCACCCCAGGACAACCAGGCACCCCAGGCAAGCCAGGCCAACCGGGCUAUCCAGGACAACCGGGUCAACCAGGUACCGCAGGCAAGCCAGACCAACCAGGCUAUCCAGGAACACCCGGACAACCCGGCUACCCAGGACAACCGGGUCAACCAGGCACCCCAGGGCAACCAGGCACCCCAGGGCAACCAGGCUAUCCAGGACAACUAGGCCAACCAGGCUAUCCAGGAGGGCCAGGCCAACAAGGACAACCAGGGCAACCCGGAAAACCAGGCUAUCCAGGACAACCGGGUCAACCAGGCACCGCAGGCAAGCCCGGCCAACCUGGACAACCAGGCACACCAGGCUAUCCAGGCCAACCAGGCCAACCAGGCCAACCAGGCCAACCAGGCCAACCAGGCCAACCAGGCCAACCAGGCCAACCAGGCCAACCAGUCUAUCCAGGACAACCGGGUCAACCAGGCACCCCAGGACAACCAGGCCAACCAGGCUAUCCAGCACAACCAGGCCAACCAGGCUAUCCAGGACAACCGGGUCAACCAGGCACCCCAGGACAACCAGGCCAACCAGGCUAUCCAGGACAACCAGGCCAACCAGGCUAUCCAGGACAACCGGGUCAACCAGGCACCCCAGGACAACCAGGCACCGCAGGCAAGCCAGGCCAACCUGGACAACUAGGAACACCAGGUCAGCCCGGAAAACCAGGAGGGCCAGGCCAACAAGGCCAACCAGGGCAACCCGGAAAACCAGGCUAUCCAGGACAACCGGGUCAACCAGGCACCGCAGGCAAGCCCGGCCAACCUGGACAACCAGGCACACCAGGCUAUCCAGGACAACCGGGUCAACCAGGCACCCCAGGACAACCAGGCCAACCAGGCUAUCCAGGACAACCAGGCCAACCAGGCUAUCCAGGACAACCGGGUCAACCAGGCACCCCAGGACAACCAGGCACCGCAGGCAAGCCAGGCCAACCUGGACAACCAGGAACACCAGGCCAGCCCGGAAAACCAGGAGGGCCAGGCCAACAAGGCCAACCAGGACAACCCGGUCAACCAGGCUAUCCAGGCUAUCCAGGCCACCAAGGCCAACCAGGUCAACAAGGCCCGCCCGGACAACCCGGUCAACCCGGCUAUCCAGGAGAACCAGGACAACCAGGCUAUCCAGGGCAGCCAGGACAACAAGGACAACCUGGCACCCCAGGACAACCUGGCAACCCAGGACAACCUGGCACCCCAGGACAACCAGGACAACCCGGUAAACCAGGAUACCCAGGUCAACCAGGAGGUCCAGGCCAACAAGGCCAACCAAUCCAACCCGGUCAACCAGGCUACCCAGGUCAACCAGGACAACCAGGCUACCCAGGACAACCAGGACAACCUGGCGCCCCAGGACAACCAGAAACUCCAGGCCAGCCAGGACAACCCGGUAAACCAGGAUACCCAGGUCAACCAGGAGGUCCAGGCCAACAAGGCCAACCAAUCCAACCAGGUCAACCAGGCUACCCAGGUCAACCAGGACAACCAGGCUAUCCAGGACAGCCAGGACAACAAGGACAACCUGGCACCCCAGGACAACCUGGCAACCCAGGACAACCAGGAACUCCAGGCCAGCCAGGACAACCCGGUAAACCAGGAUACCCAGGUCAACCAGGAGGUCCAGGCCAACAAGGCCAACCAAUCCAACCCGGUCAACCAGGCUACCCAGGUCAACCAGGACAACCAGGCUAUCCAGGACAGCCAGGACAACCAGGACAACCUGGCACCCCAGGACAACCUGGCUAUCCAGGACAGCCAGGACAACCAGGAACACCAGGCCAACCAGGACAACCCGGUAAACCAGGAUACCCAGGUCAACAAGGAGGUCCAGGCCAACAAGGCCAACCAAUCCAACCCGGUCAACCAGGCUACCCAGGUCAACCAGGACAACCAGGCUAUCCAGGACAGCCAGGACAACCAGGACAACCUGGCACCCCAGGACAACCCGGUAAACCAGGAUACCCAGGUCAACCAGGACAACCAGGCUAUCCAGGACAGCCAGGACAACCAGGACAACCUGGCUAUCCAGGACAGCCAGGACAACCAGGAACACCAGGCCAGCCAGGACAACCCGAUAAACCAGGAUACCCAGGUCAACCAGGAGGUCCAGGCCAACAAGGCCAACCAAUCCAACCCGGUCAACCAGGACAACCAGGCUAUCCAGGACAGCCAGGACAGCCAGGACAACCAGGACAACCUGGCACCCCAGGCCAGCCAGGACAACCCGGUAAACCAGGAUACCCAGGUCAACCAGGAGGUCCAGGCCAACAAGGCCAACCAAUCCAACCCGGUCAACCAGGCUACCCAGGUCAACCAGGACAACCAGGCUAUCCAGGACAGCCAGGACAACAAGGACAACCUGGCACCCCAGGACAACCUGGCAACCCAGGACAACCAGGAACACCAGGCUAUCCAGGACAGCCAGGACAACCAGGAACACCAGGCCAGCCAGGACAACCCGGUAAACCAGGAUACCCAGGUCAACCAGGAGGUCCAGGCCAACAAGGCCAACCAAUCCAACCCGGUCAACCAGGACAUCCAGGCUAUCCAGGACAGCCAGGACAGCCAGGACAACCAGGACAACCUGGCACCCCAGGCCAGCCAGGACAACCCGGUAAACCAGGAUACCCAGGUCAACCAGGAGGUCCAGGCCAACAAGGCCAACCAAUCCAACCCGGUCAACCAGGCUACCCAGGUCAACCAGGACAACCAGGCUACCCAGGACAGCCAGGACAACCAGGACAACCUGGCACCCCAGGACAACCCGGUAAACCAGGAUACCCAGGUCAACCAGGACAACCAGGCUAUCCAGGACAGCCAGGACAACCAGGACAACCUGGCACCCCAGGACAACCAGGACAACCUGGCUAUCCAGGACAGCCAGGACAACCAGGAACACCAGGCCAGCCAGGACAACCCGGUAAACCAGGAUACCCAGGUCAACCAGGAGGUCCAGGCCAACAAGGCCAACCAAUCCAACCCGGCCAACCAGGCUACCCCGGUCAACCAGGACAACCAGGCUAUCCAGGACAGCCAGGACAGCCAGGACAACCAGGACAACCUGGCACCCCAGGACAACCCGGUAAACCAGGAUACCCAGGUCAACCAGGACAACCAGGCUAUCCAGGACAGCCAGGACAACCAGGACAACCUGGCACCCCAGGACAACCAGGACAACCUGGCUAUCCAGGACAGCCAGGACAACCAGGAACACCAGGCCAGCCAGGACAACCCGGUAAACCAGGAUACCCAGGUCAACCAGGACAACCCGGUAAACCAGGAUACCCAGGUCAACCAGGACAACCAGGAACACCAGGCCAGCCAGGACAACCCGGUAAACCAGGAUACCCAGGUCAACCAGGACAACCCGGUAAACCAGGAUACCCAGGUCAACCAGGAGGUCCAGGCCAACAAGGCCAACCAAUCCAACCCGGUCAACCAGGCUACCCCGGUCAACCAGGACAACCAGGCUAUCCAGGACAGCCAGGACAGCCAGGACAACCAGGACAACCUGGCACCCCAGGCCAGCCAGGACAACCCGGUAAACCAGGAUACCCAGGUCAACCAGGAGGUCCAGGCCAACAAGGCCAACCAAUCCAACCCGGUCAACCAGGCUACCCAGGUCAACCAGGACAACCAGGCUAUCCAGGACAGCCAGGACAACAAGGACAACCUGGCACCCCAGGACAACCUGGCAACCCAGGACAACCAGGAACACCAGGCCAGCCAGGACAACCCGGUAAACCAGGAUACCCAGGUCAACAAGGAGGUCCAGGCCAACAAGGCCAACCAAUCCAACCCGGUCAACCAGGCUACCCAGGUCAACCAGGACAACCCGGUAAACCAGGAUACCCAGGUCAACAAGGAGGUCCAGGCCAACAAGGCCAACCAAUCCAACCCGGUCAACCAGGCUACCCAGGUCAACCAGGACAACCAGGCUAUCCAGGACAGCCAGGACAACCAGGACAACCUGGCACCCCAGGACAACCAGGACAACCUGGCUAUCCAGGACAGCCAGGACAACCAGGAACACCAGGCCAGCCAGGACAACCCGGUAAACCAGGAUACCCAGGUCAACCAGGAGGUCCAGGCCAACAAGGCCAACCAAUCCAACCCGGUCAACCAGGCUACCCAGGUCAACCAGGACAACCAGGCUACCCAGGACAACCAGGACAACCUGGCGCCCCAGGACAACCAGGAACUCCAGGCCAACCAGGACAACCCGGUAAACCAGGAUACCCAGGUCAACCAGGAGGUCCAGGACAACAAGGCCAACCAAUCCAACCCGGUCAACCAGGCUACCCAGGACAACCAGGACAACCUGGCGCUCCAGGACAACCAGGAACUCCAGGCCAGCCAGGACAACCCGGUAAACCAGGAUACCCAGGUCAACCAGGAGGUCCAGGACAACAAGGCCAACCAAUCCAACCCGGUCAACCAGGCUACCCAGGACAACCAGGACAACCUGGCGCUCCAGGACAACCAGGAACUCCAGGCCAGCCAGGACAACCCGGUAAACCAGGAUACCCAGGUCAACCAGGAGGUCCAGGCCAACAAGGCCAACCAAUCCAAUCCGGUCAACCAGGCUACCCAGGUCAACCAGGACAACCAGGCUACCCUGGACAACCAGGACAACCUGGCACCCCAGGACAACCAGGAACACCAGGCCAGCCAGGACAACCCGGUAAACCAGGAUACCCAGGUCAACCAGGAGGUCCAGGCCAACAAGGCCAACCAAUCCAACCCGGUCAACCAGGACAACCAGGCUAUCCAGGACAGCCAGGACAGCCAGGACAAUCAGGACAACCUGGCACCCCAGGCCAGCCAGGACAACCCGGUAAACCAGGAUACCCAGGUCAACCAGGAGGUCCAGGCCAACAAGGCCAACCAAUCCAACCCGGUCAACCAGGCUACCCAGGUCAACCAGGACAACCAGGCUACCCAGGACAGCCAGGACAACCAGGACAACCUGGCACCCCAGGACAACCCGGUAAACCAGGAUACCCAGGUCAACCAGGACAACCAGGCUAUCCAGGACAGCCAGGACAACCAGGACAACCUGGCACCCCAGGACAACCAGGACAACCUGGCUAUCCAGGACAGCCAGGACAACCAGGAACACCAGGCCAGCCAGGACAACCCGGUAAACCAGGAUACCCAGGUCAACCAGGAGGUCCAGGCCAACAAGGCCAACCAAUCCAACCCGGUCAACCAGGCUACCCCGGUCAACCAGGACAACCAGGGCAGCCAGGUCAACCCGGUAAACCAGGAUAUCCAGGUCAACUCGGAGGUCCAGGCCAACAAGGCCAGCCAGGUCAAUCAGGAACGCCAGGACAAUCAGGACAACCAGGCUAUCCAGGACAGCCUGGUACCCCAGGACAACCAGGAACGCCAGGCCAGCCAGGCCAACCAGGCUAUCCAGGUCAACCAGGAACACCAGGACAACUAGGAACACCAGGACAACCAGGAACACCAGGCCAGCCAGGACAACCAGGACAACAAGGACAACCAGGAAGCCCAAGUGGGCCAGGACAGCCCGGCCAGCAACAGCCAGGAAAGCCAGGCGGUGGUGAUUCGGUUGGUGAAUCAACUGGCACUGGUGUGCAACCACCCCAAGUUUAUCCGCCGGGGCUAAUGCCUCCGUUCCCAAUGUACGUCAUACCAUAUCCUUUGCCCAUAGUGCCAUAUCCAGGUUCAUGUCCGUGCUACCUCUUGAACCCGGGAAAUAACAGCAGCAGUACAGCUGUCACCCAGGCGCCAACACAAAGCCCUCCGCCAUACUAUUCACCGUAUGGAAUAAUUGGUUUUCUACCAGUGGUCUUUGUUCCAAGCUGCCCCGGUAACGUAACUGAUAUGCAAACUGCACAACAGAACUUCCCCGGAGCUGUACCAGUUCCAUACAAUUGCGCUCAGUGCCAGGCAAACCGAGACAUAUAUAGAUAUUUCGGGAGAAUUGGUGGCGCUCGAAACGUGGAUUUCAACGAUCUUAAAGAAAUAACUUCCCUGCCAGAGUUGGAAAGUUUAUUGAAGAAUGAAAUAAAGGUGCCCAGAAAAAGUCUACGAAGAAUUAAAGUACACGCCCGCGUUUUAGACGAUAAGAAAGACGAAAAGAAAACUGUAUCGAAAGAGUAAACUUAAAUCGACUGUAUAAAUAUAAGUAGCAUAUUAGUAAUUUAAAAUUUUGGGACCGGCCGAUUUUAUCUUGGACGGUUUCGAAAUUUCGUUGAGUGAUUCAAUUUAUAAUAAAGUGAUACCCACUAUAUAUAAAUGUAUUCUAUGGAUAUAAUUUCUAGUUAAUAAUAAAAAUAA